AGAGGGAAGAGAGUGGAGCGUCUCUGGAAACAGUCACAGUGCGCAUCAUAGACCGCCACACGGUGGAGCAAAGCCUAACCAAACUUUUUUUUAAAUUAUUUUCAUUUUCAUUUUUUAAAAACAUUUUUACUAACAUCCCCUUUCUCCCCCCCUUCUUUUAAACUGAUCCACAAAGUUUUCCAACAAACAAACUCUUUACUUCCCCACAUUUCUGUUUCUGGCUCCACUUUUUUUGACGUUUAAAGCAACAAGUGUGCGAGAGACAUCUUGUCCUCUUGUUUCUUUCUUUGUUUUUUUUUUUUGUUUUUUUUUUUUAUCCCACAUAGGAAAAAAAAGAAAUGCCAACGACAUAUUAAGCCGCCCGGGGUGGCACCACAGUGACACCGGACUGAAAUGAUCCUCUCCAACGUGAGCCUGAGCGGCUGCGCGGAGGUCAACAGCGCUGUGUGCGCCGGAGCCGGGGAAGGGCAGCUGGGGGGCGGAUCAUACCGGACCACCCUCACCCCGACGGGGAACCUGGUGGUGGCCGUGUGCCUGGGCUUCAUCGGCACUUUCGGACUUCUGAACAACCUGCUGGUGCUGGUGCUCUUCUGCCGCUACAAGAUGCUGCGGUCUCCCAUCAACCUGCUCCUGAUUAACAUUUCCAUCAGCGACCUGCUGGUGUGCGUACUGGGGACUCCGUUCAGCUUCGCGGCCAGCACGCAGGGAAGGUGGCUCAUCGGGGAAGGAGGAUGCGUGUGGUACGGAUUCGCCAACUCCCUGUUUGGCAUCGUGUCCCUGAUCUCCCUGGCUGUCCUCUCCUAUGAGCGCUACAGCACCAUGAUGGCCCCCACUGAGGCCGAUUCCUCCAACUACUGUAAGAUCUGCCUGGGCAUCACCCUGUCCUGGGUCUACUCCCUCAUCUGGACGGUGCCGCCGCUCUUCGGCUGGAGCCACUACGGCCCAGAGGGUCCCGGCACCACCUGCUCUGUCGACUGGAAGGCCAAGACAGCGAAUAACAUAUCUUACAUCAUCUGCCUGUUUGUCUUCUGCCUCCUCGUGCCGUUCCUGGUGAUCGUGUUCUGCUACGGGAAGCUUCUUUGUGCCAUCAGACAGGUGAGUGGGAUCAAUGCGUCGAUGAGCAGGAAACGUGAGCAGCGUGUGUUAUUCAUGGUGGUGAUUAUGGUGAUCUGCUACCUGUUGUGCUGGCUGCCCUACGGCACCAUGGCCCUGCUGGCCACCUUCGGACCGCCCGGCCUGGUCACCCCCGAGGCGAGCAUCAUCCCGUCAGUCCUGGCCAAAACCAGCACGGUCAUCAACCCGGUCAUCUACGUCUUCAUGAAUAAACAGUUUUACAGAUGUUUCCAAGCCCUGCUGCGCUGUGAAACUCCUCGACGAGGCUCCAGCUUAAGGAGUUCAUCCAAGGUCGCCACCAAGGCCAUGAGGGGCGUGGCGGUCACCGGUCCUCGGCGUUCCAAUGAUUUCCUAUUUAUGGUAGCCUCACUGGGUCAACCUGCUGCCACACUGCCCCAGCUGGGCCCCUCCUGUGAACCCACCAUUGAUAUCACCAAAGCCCCUUCUUCAGACAACAAACCUGUGGUAGUAUCACUAGUGGCCCACUUUGAUGGCUGAUGAUUGGCUGUAACCAUGAAAUCCCACAGCCUCCAGCCAGGAAGUCAUUAAUAAUGAGAGAGGUGGUGUUACUGAGGCUUAAAGAGCAGCAACCUUGCAGUCCAGGUGGAUUUAACGCAGCUCUUGCAUCAGCUCUGCCCUGACUGGUACAGAUGAUGGACCAGUAACAAAGGGAAACCUUGGACUGCCUCUGGACAAUAUGAGCAAAAAUCUGAGGCAGUGAGCCUGCAGAAGCCUGGAGUCUGUGUUUCUCUGCGGAAAAGAAGUAUACAUCUAUCUUGCGAAGAAAGGGGAUUUAAAGGAUGUUCUUGUCACGAUUUUAUGAGAAGGCACUGUUAUUGUAAUAAAAGAAGAAUUGUAGGGAUCAUUCUUUGUGCAAUACCUAUAGGUCUGGUAGGAUAUUCAUUCAUAUAAAAUUCCAUAACAGAAAUGUGUUUAGAGUGCAGGAGGAGGGAUGAGAUGUAUUUUUGUAUUGAUUUGUAACUGACAGUGGUUACAGCGUGAGGUUGAAUAACACAAGUUAUUACCCCAAGCAUUUUUAAGUCUUUCUUAGAGUAGAUGAGAUUUUUAAAAAAUGACAAAAAGAGCAGGCAGAGUAAUGAGACUGUACUGGAAAUGACUUUAAUAUUUCAGCCUUUUUAGCGUUCAUUCACUGUAAGUAAUUCUCUUUUCAGCAAUUCAUCACUCAUCACCUUGAAGCUGGUUUUCAAUUAAGUGGUUUAAUAAGUGGCUUGUUGUACAUGUAGCAUUGCUAGCAUGCUAGCAGCAUUGAAGUUUUUUCAGGAAUAGACUUUAGAGACAAUGAAAUAAGUGCAUGUAGGAGAGUCGCUGUAUAGUUUCUCAAUAAAGACUGUGCAUGUGCACUGUGGCAGAAGACUGCAAAUGAGUGUGGAGAAAUGCAAUAUCUGGUGAUGUUGAGUAGACAGCACUUAGAGAUGGAGGUAAAUUGUACAGGCAAAAAUCCUGAAAAUGUAUGCCUCUGAUGUUUUACUAAUUUUUUCAUUAGACACGUCCACAUGUACUUUAGUUGGGAAAGUGCAGUAAAUCCUAUGUAAAUUAAAAGGAUGCCCUAAAAGGACAUCUCCAAAAAUCCAUGAAUCUAGUAGUUAGUGUCUUGUUUGUAGACAUACUAUCACUGCUGCUCAUAAUUUACACAAUAUUCAAAAUAUUUGCCUCCUCAAGAGUCACUUUAAGGUGUUUGACAGUCUGAAUAAUUGGCAUCAUCUCAGAGAAUAUGAACAUACUGACAAAGAAAAGAAGGAUUGUGUGGGAAAAAAAAAAUUCUUUCACAGUAUCUCCCAAAGCAAAACAAAGGACUUUACCCGAGGCAACAAAUAUCUGUUAGAUGAAAAAAGUUUGGUGUGUAUAUAUUAUUUGCCAUGUGCUUGUCAGCAUCUUGUUCAAUUUUUUGAUAACUGAUUUGACACUUUUUCCCUUCUUGCAAUGCAAAGAUAACAGUGGUGUUUCUGAAAGCAGUGCAUCGGUGCUGUGUUGUCAGUGAAUGUCUAAGCUGUAAGUGGUGUGGUACUUUUUGCUACUGCAUACGGCAUACAGUGUGGGAUUUUUUUGUAAUUCACUUUUAGCACAAAAACUGUUCUCUCUGUGCUGUCAUGAACUUGUAUACUACUAAUGUACAUGAGUUGAUACCAAAGCAAAAAGACAUUUUAAUAUUUUUGAAGGGAUGCUGUUCAAUAAUUUUUUAAAUCGAAAUUAGUAUGCAUGGUGUCUUUUUGUUUGUUUUUUUUAAAUAAAAACUUGAUUAAAAAGUGGA